CGCCCAGCACUCCCAUUUUAAACCGCAUCACUCUGCGCAAGCCACGCGGAGCCGGGUAGAUAACGAUACCUCGCUGGCGGCGCCGCUCCACCCGCCGCCCGCCUUUAAAGCCGCCCGCACGCGGCACGCCCACCGUUAAGUCCACUCGAUCUGCCCCCCACUCUUUCAAUCUCAUCCCCACCUCCGCCGCUUUCUCGCACCUACAGCCAACAAUGGCGUCCUCACUGUUCGUCAUGGUCGUACUCGCGCUUGCCUCGGCCGCGCACGCGCAGGUGCAGCCUCCGGCGGCGAGCCCGUCGGGGCCGGACUGCGGGUCCACGCUGGUGGGGCUCGCCGGCUGCCUGCCCUACCUCACACCGGGGAGCACGGUGAGCAAGCCGCCCAAGGAGUGCUGCGGGCCCGUGAAGUCCUCGCUCGCCAGCCCCGCCAGCGCCGCCUGCCUCUGCGACGCCUUCGGGAAGAACUACGGCGUCCCCAUCGACCUCGCCCGCGCCGCCGGCCUCGCCGCCGCCUGCGGGGGCAACCAGGCCGCGUUGAGCAAGUGCAAGAUUGCAAUCCCCGGCGCCCCCGGCUCCGCCCCUACUGAAGCUCCUUCACCAAGCUCCGGAUCAACACCAGCAACCGGCAGUCCAGGCCCAGCGAAGGCGGCAGCGACCCGAUCUCCUGUCUCCUUGGUGACCCUCGUCCUAUCCGUCGUGGCAGCGCCUCUGCUGUCUCACUACCUCUGAAGAUUCGUCGCAUGAUUCGUUCCGUGGAUUACUGCCAUAUAUGUAUGAGCUUGGUUUGUGCCGCGAUUUAGGGAUUACUUUGGGGAGAGACAGACCUGAGACAUUAUUCUGCUAGCUGCUCAGUGUUCGCUCGUUCUUAGCAUACUGUUGCCUGAACUCUUGAUUCGUCUUGGCACCAAUUAGUUGUUGUACUAUAUUUGCAUAUGGUGUCUUCGCAAUAAAGUUGAUAAAACCGUAGCAAGUGUUGUGUGCUGAAUGAUUGUCGAAACAUGAGAUGGUAAUUCGAUGCGA